AUGUCCGUGAAUCGCGACCUCCGCUUGUACCUUCGAGUACUAUAUUCAUUAGGCAUGCUUUGCGCCGAAUUCGACGUGGGGACCUGUACCUUGCACGUUACACGUAGUUCCGAGCGCUACGCUUGGUUCUAUACGCUAGUAAUACUCUCUGCAGCGAUUGCCCUUUUUAUUUAUGCUCACAUUGAGCCAAAACAGUUCUAUUUGCCAAACUAUAAUAGAACCGGAAAUUUUUACGAGACGGUGAACUUUCGCAGCUCCUGUAUGGUGCUGUGGCUUCUCUAUGUCUGCUUUUAUGUACGGCGACAUCGUCACGCGGCCCUAGUUCAAACGCUGCUAAGACUCAAUAGGCGCUGCAUAGAUCUAAAACUGCAACGACGUUUUCUCGGAAAUUUUGUGCUGUACGUCAUGUUGUUUCUACUCUGCGUGGGCAACUAUUUGAACGGAUUUUCGCAAUCGGGUCUGUCUCCGUUCGCUAUAGCUGUUUACAUGAUCACAUACAGCUACAGCUUUCUCGUCAUGUGUCUGCUUCUGGUCUUUUUUGAUUGCCUUAGGUGGAUUUUGACCUCAGGAAUCCAGCAUUAUAACCAUAUAUUGCAGCGCAACUCGCCCCAGAUAUGGCGAAAAGCCUUGCACGCACGUCAGAGUCUUAUUAAGCUGGGUACAGAUGAACUAAAUGAGUGUUUCGGUCUUCUCUUUCUACCCAUUAUCGCGUUGGUAUUACUGGUUGCCAAUGAUGGUCCUUUUUAUCUGAUUAGUACCGUGUUUGAGUCUAAGUUCGGCAGUGGAUGGCAAAGCCUAAGCAUUGGUGUGACUGCCUGCUUCUGGAGUAUGCCCUGGUUGAUAAUGCUAGUAAUGCUGCACAAUAAUACUCUGUCGGAGGAGGCCAACAAAACAGCUAAAAUAUUAGCAAAGAUGCCGCGAACCGGUACGGGCUUGGAUAGAAUGGUGGACAAAUUCCUGCUCAAGAACUUGCGUCAACAGCCCAUACUAACUGCCUAUGGUUUUUUCGCGCUAGAUAAGAGCACCUUGUUCAAACUCUUUACGGCCAUAUUCACUUAUAUGGUUAUAUUGGUGCAAUUCAAGGAAAUGGAAAACUCCACAAAGUCCCUACAGGCUUACCAAUUGUAGAACGAAUCAUGG